AUUCACUUUGACGAGUCAACUCCGAUCAGAAAUGAGCGCAGUUCCAAUGCAAACGGACGCUACUACGGGUGCUGCUGCGGAGAGUGCUGCGGCUGCGGAGGGUGCUCGCAUGAAGGCGCUGCGAAAUGUGCUCACUGAAGCAAUGAAGUUCCCGUUCCGAAACAAGGCCUCUGCCUGCCCAUUCGGAACGGCACUGGCAUGCUUCCCGACAAUCGAUAACGAAGACAAGAAGCAUCUGUUGCGAGAAGGCUAUCAACAGCUGCAAGAUCUGCUCAUGACCAACAUGCAGAGCGAGCUCGACUUGAUUAUCAAAGAAACCAACUUGACAGAGGCACUAAGUCAAUUGGAUGCUCUCCAGCCGCCAGGAAGUCGAAACGAUGAGAACAUUGAGCAAGAGCAGUACAACUCGCAGGAUCAAGUACGUCAGAGCACCAUGGCGUUGAAGAUGACGGCACGCGAGAACUACAAGGAAAUGCUGGAAAAGACCUUGCGAGAAAACGAUCGACUUGCCGAAACCGUAGCGAUUCGCCGUCAACGGCUCUUAGACACCAACGAGCAGGUCAAUCGCAAGCUUGCUGAUCUUUCCAAGGCGGCAUCAAGUUGUGAAGCCUACUGCCUCGAAACUGGAGCGCUGCAUGCUUGAACGCAAGAACUGUGUAAAAAAAACAAAUCUCUUCUUGUUCGUUGAUGUCUCGCUCUUUUGUUGUUAGUUUGAUCUUGCUGUUGUUUUUCGCAAUACAUGUAAUAAUUGAAUUGAAUCUGAGUUUCC